GCUUAAAUGGAAAUGUUUACGUGAUGCGCAUCGAGUAGAACUUAAGAAGUUAGAGUUACGUAUCAGAGAAGAUAAGUUGAAAGGUUCAUAUGAUCCCAACAAUGAAUAUAACUGUAAGUGGGCUUAUUUUGAAGCCAUGGAAUUUAUGAGGGACAUUCAAACAGGUCCGAUUAAACUUCGUAAUUCAUCUAACAGAUUAAACUUAAUCGCUGAAAUUCGAAAGAGGCCAGCAAUAUGGGAUCUUCAAAGUAAAGGAAAUAUAUCUACUAGAAUUUUGCAACAAACGUGGAAAGAAUUGGGUCGCGCUAUGGGAGCAGAUGUUGAUGUCUGCAAGCGUAAAUGGAAAAUUUUACGGAGUACUUAUCGAAAUGAAGUCAAGAAAUUAGAGUUACGCAUCGUAGAAGAUAAGUUUAAUGGUUCAUAUGAUCCCAACAAGGAGUAUAAAUGUAACUGGAUUUUUUAUGAACACAUGAACUUUAUUCACGACACUAAAAAGCCAAAACCCAUGAAACAUGGGAAUUCACCUGUUAAUGACAAUAAUAGUGGCGAUAACGACUCAAACCAAGUUUCCAAAUUUCAUAAUAUGGUAAAUAUUAAAAUUGAACCUGAACUUGAUAUAAAACCAAAAGUGUAUUUACCGGAUGACGAUGAUAAUUCACCUCAAACACCUGUCGAUGUGAAACCUAAUUUUAGCGGAUUUAAGUUAGAGGAAAACCCAGAGCCAGCAGAUGAUAAACCAACAACUUCAAAUUGGAAGUAUACUAAAUGUUCUAACAAUCAAGCGAAUUUAUUGGAAGGUUUCGCAAAGGAUGACCAUAAGUUAAUUAAAUCGUCACGUUCAGAUAUAAAAGAUUCCAAUGAUAUGAUUCAUGUUAACGAUUCCGACUAUAAUUUCUUGAUCAGUUUUUUGCCGAAAAUGAAAAAGAUCAAUGAUUUGCAAAACUUUCAGUUUCGUGCCCAAACCACCGAUUUGAUGUUGGAUAUUAUGUCGCAGUCUACGUUAAUCUCUGAAGUCCGUAAGAGACCUACACUAUGGGAUAUUAAUGGCGAAGAACAUAGAUCCAAAAAAUUAAUUCAAACAGCGUGGAAAGAUGUGGCUGCCGCUAUGGGAUCAAAUGUUAAUGACUGCAGGCGUAAGUGGAAAAGUUUACGGGGUCGUAAUCGAGCAAUAGUUGAUAAGAUAGAGUUACGCAUCCAAGAAGAUAAACAGAAAGGUUCAUAUAAUCCUAACAAUGACUAUGGCAGUGAGUGGACUUAUUUGGAACACAUGAAAUUUAUGAAUGACAUUAAAAAACCACCUGUUAAUGACGACAAAAGUGAACUAGAAAUGUCAAUCAGAUUUAAAUUGAUCGCUGAGAUACGAAAGAGACCUGCAAUAUGGGAUGUUAAUAGCGAAGAACAUAGAACCAAAGGAAUUUAUCAAACUGCGUGGAAUGAUGUGGCAGUCGCUAUGGGAUCAAAUGUUAAGGAGUGCAGUCGUAUCUGGAAAAUUUUACGGGAUAUGAGUCGAUCAAUACUUAAGAAGAAAGAGUUACGCAUCAAAGAAGCUAAACAGAAAGGUUCAUAUAAUCCUAACAAGGCCUAUAGCAGUCAGUGGCCCUAUCUUAAACACAUGGAAUUUAUUCAUGGCAUGAAACUUGACAACAAAAGUGACGAUAAUGACACAAACCAAGUUUGCAAAGUUCAUAAUAAGGACAAUAUUAAGAUGGAACCUGAGAGUGAUCCGGAAAAGUCAAACGACAUGGACAAAUUUAAGUUAAUCGCUGAAGUACGAAAGAGACCUGCACUAUGGGAUAUUAACAGCGAAGAACAUAGAUCACAAAGAAUUCAUCAAAAAGCGUGGAAAGAUCUGGCUGUCGCUAUGGGAUCAAAUGUUAACGACUGCCGUCGUUUCUGGAGAAAUUUUCGGACCACUAAUCAAAAAAUAGUUAAGAGGAUAAAGUUACGCAUCCAAGAAGCUAAACUGAAAGGUUCAUAUAAUCCUAACAAUGUCUAUACCAGUGAGUGGCCUUAUUUGGAACACAUGACAUUUAUGAAUGACAUUAAAAAAGCAAGUCCCACGAAACUUGGGAACUCAAAUGAAAUUGACAAAUUUAAGUUGAUCGCUGAAAUGCGAAAGAGACCAGCACUGUGGGAUAAUCAAAGCGAAGAACAUAUAUCCUGUUUAUCGUUGCCAGAAGUUUGGAAAGAUCUGGCUGUCAGUAUGGGAUCAGAUGUUGACACAUGCCAGGGAAACUGGAUGUCUUUAUGUAAGUUUUAUCGGGCAUCAGAUAAGCGUCUAGAGUCACGCAUUAAAGAAGCUAAACUGAAUGGUUCAUAUAAUCCUAACAAAAAAAUAUAUAAGUGUAAGUGGCCAUAUUACGAAGCCAUGAAAUUUAUGAAGGCCAAUACAACAGGUUGGAUUAAACUUCGUACUUCAGGUGACAAAUUGCAGUUAAUCGCUGAAAUGCGAAAGAGACCUGAACUAUGGGAUUUUCAAAGCAAAGAACAUAGAUCCUGUUUAUCUGCUGCAGAAGUGUGGAAAGAUGUGGCUGUCAGUUUGGGAUCAGAUGUUGAAACAUGCCAGCGUAACUGGGUACAUUUAUGUAGGUCAUAUAGGGGAUCAGCUGCGCGUCUAGAGUUACGCAUCCAAGAAGCUAAACAGAAAGGUUCAUAUCAUCCUAACAAUGACUAUAGCAGUCAGUGGCCUUAUUUUGAACACAUGGAAUUUAUGAAGGACAAAACAACAGGUUCGAUUAAACUUCGUCAUUCAGGUGACAAAUUUAAGUUAAUCGCUGAAGUCCGAAAAAGGCCUGAACUAUGGUGUAUUAAAAGCAAAGCAUAUAAGCCCCGUUUAGCUUUACAAAAGAUUUGGGAAGAUCUGGCUCAGGCUAUGGGAGCAGAAGUUGAUGACUGCAAGCUUAAAUGGACAAGAUUACUGAAUGGGUAUCGAGUAGAAGUUAAGAAGUUAGAGUUACGUAUUAAAGAGGAUAAAUUGAAUGGAUCAUAUAAUCCUAAAAAGGAAUAUAGAUCUAAGUGGAUAUUUUAUGAACGUAUGAAAUUUUGUAAUAACUUUAAAAACCCAAGUCUUAUGGAACUUGGGAACACAUUUGUUAACGACAUUAAUAGUGACGAUAAUGACUCAAACCAAGUUUCCAAAUUUCAAAAUAAUACGAUGGAAGAAGUGUAUUUACCAGAUUACGAAGAUAAUUCACUACAAGAACCUUUCGGUAUGAAAUCAAAUUUUAGCGGACAAAAUUCACCGGAAAACCAAGAUCUAGCAGAUGAUAGACCAACGACUUCACAUUGGAAAUGUACUAAACGCUCUUAUGCUCAGGCGAAUUGCUUGGAAGAUGUCGAAAAGGAGGAGCAUAACUUAAUAAAGUCCGCUAAGGUGGAAACUGAGCUUGAUCUAGACCCAGAAGUGUAUAUACCCGACGAUGAAGAUUAUGACACUGACAGCCAAAUGUCUGGAAUGGAAUUUUUAAGCGAACCAAAUUCUCCUCAAAACCAAGAGUCAGAUGAAGAUAAAACAUGGUCAACAGGUGUUUUAUUAGAAGAUAUUGAAAAGGAGGAGUAUAGUUUAAUAGAGUCCAUUAAGGUGGAACCUGAGCUUGAGCUAGAUCCAGAAGAUGAAGACGAUGACACUGACAGCCAAAUGUCUGAUUCCGACUAUAAUUUCUUGGUCAGUUUUUUGCCGAAAAUGAAAAAGAUCAAUGAGUUGCAAAAUUUACAGUUUCGUUCAAAAGUUACCGAUUUGAUGUUGGAAAUUGCGACAGAAUGAAAAUUCUAAUAAUUAUUCUAAGU